AACCCUCAUUCUUUCCUACACGUGUACUUGUACCGAAACCUGCUGGUUCAGCGCUGAUCAAUUAUUUCUGUUAAAUAAAUUGAUUAUCUCGACCAGGAGGGUUUUAUAAAUCAUGGCAAGCUUAAAGGCUGAAAAUCCAGAGAAGCCAGUCCAGGAAACUGCACCUAUCCAUAGGAUCCGAAUUACUCUUACAUCGCGAAAUGUUCGUUCCCUCGAAAAAGUGUGCUCGGAAUUAAUUCAGAGAGGCAAAAAGCAGAAGCUGAAGGUGAAGGGACCAGUUCGCAUGCCUACUAAAAUCCUGAGGAUAACGACUCGGAAAACACCCUGUGGAGAGGGUUCCAAGACAUGGGAUCGUUUUCAGAUGCGCAUCCACAAAAGGGUCAUUGAUUUGUACUCACCCUCUGAAAUUGUCAAACAAAUCACGAGUAUCAACAUUGAACCUGGUGUAGAAGUUGAAGUAACCAUCGCUAAUGAUUAAGCUGAACCUUAUUUUUACUACAAUGAUUAUUAAACACAACUUCAAACUA